CCUAAAGAGGAUUAAGUGUCUGGCUUAAGGUCACACAGCAAGUACACUGGAAGCAGGGACUUAAACCUGUUUUCUGUCUUUUUACAGUGCUAUUACUUCAUCCUGGAAUUUCCUUUACCCAGCUUGUGUCUACUUUCCCUCCUCUGUCCCCUUCCCACCCAGAAAGUACACACAAACCUAUUAUGCAGCUGUGCCCUCGGGCUGGUGGGGGAGUGGAGGUGGACCAGCAACACAGCCUGCAGCAGGUGGAAGGUGGCGGUUCCUGCACAUACUCGGUACACAGCCCCAGAACCACUGAGCACUGGACAGUCAGAGAGGCCAAACAGGUGGGCACACAAGCCUGAGGGCAUCUGGAUCUGGGAGUGUGUAUGAGAGAAAUGGCAGGACAAAUCAUAAUGCAUGGAAAGGUACCUACUUGUCAUGGGGUAUGACCACUCAUUUGUUUCCUGUCCCCAACCCAAAUCUCUUCUUUGUCAGGGUUUUUCCUUUUAUCUCUUCCCACCUGACAACCUGACGGCCUCUCACUUACCCUGUGUGUCUUGCCCCACACCCUUUCCACUACUGUCCUUGACAGCAGGAGGCAGCAGAUUGCUGAGGCCCCCACAUGGAGGAAGAUGUAGAACAAGCGGCUGCAGGUGGAUGUGGUGAGAAAGGGCCACCUAGAGUGGCAGCAGCUGGCACAAGGAGCAGGCCCACAGCAGCACACCUGGGGGUAGAGCAGAUGCAAGGCGGCGAGGUGGACUUGCUGAGGAAAACCAUACGUUAAUGUAUGUGUGAAGUUAACCCAGGAGGUUGAAUUCCAAAAUUCCCCUGACCCCUUUCUUCCUUUGACUCAGGUUCUGUUUCAAGCUGGUUGCAGCCAUUUGGGAUUGCCUUCCACUGACAACUCAGUAGGGAUUUCAUUACAAGCAGGCUUGAGAUGGCUGACCUUUCUCUAAACCUAAACACCUGGGGCAGGGAACAUGGCUGGAGAGAGUUAAGAUUACCAGGGGCAAAGAACCAGAACGACGUAGGAGAAAAGAGUCCUGUCGUUUUUAUUGGCUUCUGCAAGUUUUCCUCCCCAGCUUCAGCCACUCUCCCCUUUGCACCGUCUCACCAGGGGCAAAGAACCAGAACGACAUAGGAGAAAAGAGUCCUGUCGUUUUUAUUGGCUUCUGCAAGUUUUCCUCCCCAGCUUCAGCCACUCUCCCCUUUGCACCCUCUCACCUGACAGAAGGGGCUUCUCACUAGGACACUGCUGCUUCCGCUGCGCUGCUGUGCCAGGCCCAGGGAGGUGCUGGGGCUGGGGCCGGCCUUGGCACCCACCAUCCUUGUCCCUGGGAUUAGGCUUAGGUCCACCAGACGGAAGGCAGAUGAGAGCAGCAGCUGCUUCUUUCCUCAGCCCAUUGGACUUCCACUGUGCUGGGGCUGAGCACUGGGUCGUGGGCAGAAUGGGGACAUCCGGAAGACAAUACUGACCUCCAGGAUGUGGUAAAUGCAAGUGCCCUGUGAAGGAGUUUCCUCCUCAGGGUCUCACCACUGGGACCACUCAGGCUGUUCUCUCCAGAUUAGGGGCUGUUUGUCUAUCUGGUCUCUUGUGGAUUAGCAUUCUUAAUUGGUUUAGGAUUAGACGUCACCCAUUCAGGUUGAACGGAGUUCCCUGAGGUGGGUGCGUGUCUAUGUGGUGAGGUGACUGUUCCUAGGUUAAGACGGGGGAAGGAUGUCGGUGGGGCGGGCCGGAGCGGUGACGGGUUAGGUAUGACAGAAGGCCUUGCAGAAGACAACACUGUGCAAGCCUUAAAGGAAGUCGAAGAAACAAUCGCCUUCCUCACUGAAGCUUCUAGAACUGGAGCAGAAAGGAGGUGUGGCCCACUACCUGCCCCGCCUCCUCCCCGGGCGGAAGUUGUGUCAGUUGCCGGAAGUCGCUGUGGGGUGGGGCUUAUGCAGCGGCGUGGUGAAAUAGAUAUGGCGACCGAGGGGGAUGUGGAGCUGGAGUUAGAGACCGAGACCAGUGGCCCAGAGCGACCUCCUGAGAAGCCACGGAAACAUGACAGCGGUGCGGCGGACUUGGAGCGGGUCACCGACUAUGCAGAGGAGAAGGAGAUCCAGAGUUCCAAUCUGGAGACGGCCAUGUCUGUGAUUGGAGACAGAAGGUCCCGGGAGCAGAAAGCCAAACAGGAGCGGGAGAAAGAACUGGCAAAAGUCACUAUCAAGAAGGAAGAUCUGGAACUGAUAAUGACUGAGAUGGAGAUAUCUCGAGCAGCAGCAGAACGCAGCUUGCGGGAACACAUGGGCAAUGUGGUAGAGGCGCUUAUUGCCCUAACCAACUGAUGCGUGCUUUCUUAGAUAUACCUACUGGAUUAAUUUAUGGCAAUAAAUUUUUUUUGGUCUUUUUUUGCAGUU